GCGCAAGGAAGCUUGGCGCGACCGCGCGUGACGAGGGAGCGGAGCCUCAACACCAUUCGGUGCGGCGCGAUGCAAUGCGCCUUCCACGAGCCGUGCCUGCGCACGCUCGCGACCAUGUCACUCAUCGCAACAAAGUGCUCGUUCCUAGAGCCAUACCCGUGUGUCUGUAGUAAAGCAUCAAACGAAUCAUUGUUCCGGACAGAAUCCAACGUUGCGCCCGCUCUAAGUAGUAUCUCCAAGAUCUUGACGUGGCACGGUUGAGCAGGAAAUGCCCAAAACAUCCUAGCGAGCGCUCUAUGGCCAUCAUGAUCUCCGGCAUUUACGUUCGCGCCUGCAGAGACGAGCAGAGAAACAAAUUCUGGGGCGAGCGCUCCUCGAGAGCCACAAGCAAAAUGCAGUGCGGUGGCUCCCGACCACCUACUCACCACGUCGAGGGCGGCUCCUCGGGAAAGUAGGUAGCGGGCAAUCUCGAGAUGACCCUCAGUGAAGAGGUGGCCACCAUCUGUGCCAGUUCUCGCGAUCCACAAGAGAAGCGGCCAGCCGUCGUCGUCGACGUCGUUUACGGAGCGCGGAGCCGACUCGCUUCCACCGGUUAGCCAAGUCUUGACCCGUUCGAAAUCUCCUUCGGAGGCGGCCCGUCCAAUUGCCUGAGGUAGCGCCAUGCUGGCUGCCAGUGGCUCUGUGUAGCAGACGACGCCGCGGAGCGCAGUCUAGGCCGCGCGCGCGCCGCGACCCAAAACAGGUUUCCUCGGCGUUUUUGGUGCUG